CAAACACAAAAACUUUUUAAAAAAAGUAAAAUGGAAAAUUAAAAUUAAGAUGAUAAAAAUGUUUAAGUAGCUAUAAGGAUACGUAAUUUAAACGCUCGUGAAAAAUAAGAUUUCGCAUAAGUGUGUGUUUAUAAAUAGGACGACAAAAAAGUUAUAAUAUAAAACAAAGAGUUCAUAUUUGAUUAAAUAAUAGGUCCUUAGGACAAUCAAAAAACUGUAUUUGAACUUAUAGGAAAAAAAAUAGCAAAUGCUUGUCUUAACGGAUAUAAUGCAUGCCUAUUUGCAUAUGGUUAAACAGGUUCUGGAAAAACAUACACUAUGUUAGGAACAGAAGAAGAAAAGGGAUUGAUUUAACGAAUAAUUAAUUACAUAUUUGCAAAAUUAAAUAUAAAAGGAGAGCCUUACAUAGUCCAUUCCUAAUAUUUUGAAAUAUACAUGGAAGAAAUAAUAGAUUUAAACAUAUAAUAAUAAUAAUAACAAUAGAAUUAAAAAAAUUAAAAAAAUAAUAAUAGUAUUCGAGUAAUAGAAGAUAUAAAUGGAGUUCGUGUAGAAAAUUUAAGUUCUAUUUAAAUUGAUAAUCAUAUAUAGGCUACAGAAAUAAUAAAAAAAGGAUAAAAAAACAGACACGUAAGUCCCACUUUAAUGAAUGCAGAAAGUUCAAGGUCUCAUUCUAUUUUUUCAAUGAGCAUUUGCUAUAAAGAAAAAGAUGCCGAAAGUGGAAUAGUUAAAGAAAAAUUAUCUAAACUUAAUUUCGUUGAUUUAGCUGGGUCUGAAAGAUAAAAGUCUACUGGAGCUACUGGCUAAAGACUUAAAGAAGCUAGUUAAAUUAAUUAAUCUCUUAGUUGUCUUGGAUUAGUUAUUAGUUCUUUAGUUGAAGGAUAGAAAAUUAUAUCAUAUAGGAGUUCAAAGUUAACACAUAUUUUAAAAGACUGUUUGGGAGGAAAUUCAAGAACAUUAAUGGUUGCGGCUGUAAGUCCUGCAUCAGAUUCUUUCGCGGAGACAUUAAAUACAUUAAAGUUUGCAGAAAGAGUUAAGAAACAAGAUAAAAAUAACAAUAUCAUUUAUGAAAUUUAAGAAAAUGGUAUUUGGAUUAAAUAGUUCUUAUAGACAAGUGGAUUUAUUGAUUUGAUUUCUGAAUUAAGAUAAAAACUUGGGUUUGAUGUUCAAGAAAUAUCAUGUGUUGAGAGUGCAAAAGAUGAAGAAUAAAGAUUUUCUUGA